AUGGAGCAGAAAAGGAAUGUGACUGAAUUCAUUUUAGUAGGCCUUACACAGAACCCCAAAAUGCAGAAAGUAGUGUUUGUGAUAUUUUUGGUCCUAUACAUGGUAACACUUUCAGGCAACCUGCUCAUCGUGGUUACCAUUACCACCAGCCAGGCUCUGAACUCCCCCAUGUACUUCUUCCUGACUCAGCUUUCCUUGAUAGACACAAUUUAUUCUUCUUCUUCAGCUCCUAAACUGAUUAUGGACUCCCUUCAUGAGAAGAAAAUUAUCUCCUUUAAUGGAUGUAUGGCUCAAGUGUAUGCAGAACACAUUUUUGGUGCCACUGAGAUCAUCCUGCUGACAGUGAUGGCGUAUGAUCGCUACGUGGCCAUCUGCAAACCUUUGCACUAUACAGCCAUCAUGAGCCACAGGCUGUGCAGGCUUCUGCUGGGAGUGGCCUGGACUGGAGGAUUUCUCCAUGCAACCAUUCAGAUUCUCUUCACAGUCUGGCUGCCCUUCUGUGGCCCCAAUGUCAUAGAUCAUUUCAUGUGUGACUUGUACCCUUUGUUGCAGCUUGUCUGUAUGGACACUCAUACCCUUGGUCUCUUUGUUGCUGCCAACAGUGGGUUCAUCUGCUUGUUAAACUUCCUCCUCUUGGUGGCCUCCUAUGUGGUCAUCUUGCACUCCCUAAGGACCUACAACUUGGAGGCGAGGCGCAAAGCUCUCUCCACCUGUGUGUCUCACAUCACUGUGGUCAUUUUAUUUUUUGUGCCCUGCAUCUUUGUGUAUCUGCGCCCAGUUGUUACUUUAUCCGUUGAUAAAGCUGUGGCUGUGUUUUAUACCAUGAUUACUCCUAUGUUAAAUCCUUUAAUCUACACCCUCAGAAAUGCUGAAGUAAAAAAUGCUAUGAGUAAACUCUGGAGGAAAAAAGUGAUGUCUGGUAAUGAUUAA